UUAAGUGAAAUCAGAGCCGGCAGCACUUUGAACUCCAACCCACAGUUUUGUUGUGGAUCAUCACCUUUGGGAUCCCGAUGAUCGAUGUUGGAGAUCUGGGGAUUCGGAAAUCUGCAGAUCAAUGAACGGACUUGAAUGGACCGUUUUCCGAUCUCUCGACACCUGUCCAAACCGACCCAGUUGGCAUUUAGACAUACUGUUUGUGUUUUGGCUUUCAAUUUAAAUUGUUUGAGUUUCAAAAUUUUUGGAAAAAAAAUCACAAAAAAAUUGGAGGAAAGGGAAAAGACAUGGCGUUGUGCUUCCGCAACAUUAGGCGCCACAUGUGCAUGCUGAUGCGUCAGAACUUCGCCAAAAGUUGCGAGAAAAAGCUGAACGACCAGAUCAACAUGGAGUUGAAGGCAUGCCAUCAGUAUUUGGCCAUGGCCUAUCAUUUCGAUCGUUCGGAUAUAAGUUCCCCGGGAUUGUACGGAUUCUUCUUGAAGUCGAGCGCCGAGGAGCGGGAGCACGCGGAGAAGAUCAUGCAGUACAUGAACAAGCGCGGAGGUCUGAUCAUUUUGAGCAGUGUACCGGAGCCGCUGCCCUGUUUCGCCAGCAGUCUGGAGGCCCUGAAGGUGGCCCUGAAAAUGGAACUGGAGGUCAACCAGCAUCUGCUGGACCUGCACACCCUGGCAGGCAAGGAAUCGGAUCCGAAUCUCUGUGACUUCAUUGAGGCGAACUUCCUGCAGGAGCAGGUCGACGGUCAAAAGGUCCUGGCGGACUACAUCUGCCAGUUGGAGAAGGCCACCAGCGAUGUGGGUGACUAUCUGUUCGACAAGUAUAUGGGUUCCGGAAUGCAUAAAAGCAAAUGAGGCACUCAAAGUGGUCCACCAUCCGAACAAAAAAAAUCCGUUUAUUAGAUUUCCCCAUGUGUAUUGAAUAAAGAUUCGUUGCCCCUUUGAAUGAUCGCCUUUCUGGCCGAUCAAUGGGUUUGGUUUUCAUGGGCCCACUAAUCAGCUGGCUAGCGAAGCACUAUGUCUAUAAAUAUAAACGCUUAUCGGGUGUAGAAGUUGCGCAAGAUUCUAAUUGAAAACGAAACCGAAUCUGAAACCGUAGCCCCCCGGAAUCAGAAGUUAAACCUGGUCCGAUAACCGAUUUGUGUCCAACUUUCUUGGAUUACUUUGGCAAACAAGCGAAUCUAUAACUCUUUGGGGGCAAAUUCAGCCACUCAAUUGAUAAUCCUGUGACUCAAAUGCUCUUUGAAACCCAUGGUGUGAUAAUCUUGAAUCUAUAAAGAUAAAAGUAAAGUAUCACACGAAAUAACAUUUGUUCCUUCGAUUAUAUAAUCAAACAAUUGAAGCUUGAUAAUAAAGAAAUGUAUGAUAAGAAUUUGUGACGUAUAAAUAGGUUAUCUAUAUAGAGGAAGAUCCCUGAAAGAUCAACAGAGCAAACUAAUCUUCAAUCUAAAUAGAUUGUUAAUUAUAUAUGUAUUGUAUCUGAUUUUGCGGUU